CGCCUCUCGCCAACCUAAGUCAGCGCUGCGACUGGAGUCGGCAACGUGGAUUUCCGCCAGAGCAAUCAUUCCCAGUCGAAAAUAUGGGAUUAGAUGCUCCGAACAGACACAGGGAGAGCGCACCUCAAGCGCACCAACCCACAAUCGAGUCCGAUAUCCUAGCAAAUGAUGACAUCAACUAUCCAGAGGGAGGAUCUGAGGCCUGGAUGGUUGUUGUCGGUGCCUGGUGCGCAAUGAUUCCUCCGAUGGGCUUGAUUAAUACGCUCGCUGUUCUUCAAGCUUGGGUGUCAGAGAACGAGCUCCCGAACAUCACUGAGAGCAAGACUGGAUGGAUUUUCAGCUGCUACGCAUUUUUUAUCACCGCUUGUGGUGCCCAAGUUGGUCCUAUUUUCGAUGCACACGAUAUCAAGGUGCUGAUGUUGCCCGGCUCCAUUGGUAUAGUUGCAUCUAUGAUCUUCCUGAGCCUAUCAAAAGAAUUUUACCAGUUUCUUCUUUCCUUCGGCGUCUUGGGUGGAAUCUCAGCCUCCUUGCUUUUCAAUCCGAGUUUAUCCGCAAUAGGCCACUGGUUCUGCAAACGCCGAGCCUUUGCAACUGGCCUGGCGUGCACUGCCGGCGGACUCGGCGGAGUUGCAUUCUCUCUCAUCAUCUUAUAUCUUGCGCCUCGCAUUGGCUUUCCCUGGGCGAUCCGUGUUAUUGCCUUUAUCUCUACUGGUCUCUUAAUUAUCGCCAAUAUCUUCCUGCGGAAACGCAUACCUGCGAAUAAAAACGCCAGGGUAUCCAUCAACUUUGGACUCCUUCGAAACACCAAGUUUGCGGUCACAGUCUUGGCCAUCUUCUUUGUUGAGUUUGCCGUCUUCAUCCCUUACUCAUACAUAUCGUCAUACGCUCUCUAUCACGGGUUUAGCUCACGGCAAGCAUACUUGCUUAAUGUGCUCCUUAACGCUGGGGCUAUACCAGGCCGCAUUUUCCCCGGUUACAUUGCGGACCGCUUCGGGGCCUUUAAUACGAUGUGCGUAACUACAUUAACGUGCGCUGCUUUCAUAUUGGGCCUUUGGUUGAUAGCAGACGGAGGACAAGCCAAAACCAUGUCUUUUUCUGUGCUCUUUGGUUUUUGGUCUGGAGCCGCUAUCAGCUUAUCACCAGUGUGCGUAUCGCGAGUUUGCAAGAUUGAAGACUAUGGGAAAUCUAGCGGCAUGGCAUAUUUCAUCGCCAGCUUUGGGGCGUUGAUUGGCAUUCCUAUUGCCGGAGCGCUGCUGGAUACAACGAGCGAUCCAUAUCAAUCUCUGAUCGUCUUCGCGGGUGGGUUUUACGUGGCUGCCUUUAUUGUAUUUUGUGUGGCUAGGGGAAUAGCAGGUGGUUGGAAACUGGGACCGUUUUAGAUCAUGAUGCCGCAAACGGUUGCGGGCAAAGCUGUGAACCCUUCAGGAAUAUUCAUGCCUUUAUUGGGUUGAACCCUCUCCAUAUACAGCUUCCAGUAUGGGGAGUCGGUGGCGAAGAAUUCGUCAUCAGCCUCUUGGGCCUUGAACUCUGGCUUGGAAAGAUGUUCAUGAUGAG